GUGGUGUUGCGUUCCAGCGUUCUGCGACGUGAGAGAGGAAGAGAGGGAAUCUCCCUUUUGGGCAUUCGGUUAGUUGCCGCCGACCGAUCGACCCUCGCAAAAGGCUCCCGAGAAAGGGCGGCCGCCCUACAUUUCGGCUUGUUUUAUCGCUUAUUAGGGCUUCUCAACACUACCGCGUGUGUAAUUAGUGCAAUUUUUCUUUUACUUUUGCCGCCGCUUUUGAUCUUGAUCACCCAUUAACUCUGUAGUCUUGUUUUUAACUUCUAUAUGCAAUUUUAAACGAUUUUCGAGGAUUUAUUGGAGAUCUUUCAAGAUUGCUUAAGAUGAACCCAUCAGCGAUGCGUCGCAGCUCGGUGGCACGUCUCCAGUCCCAAAACUCGGAACCUCAGAUCGUCAUCGAAGGCCACGAAACCGAAGAUUCGCAAAAGAGUCACAGUUCCAGACAGAGUUCCGAGGAGGAAUCGCCGAUGAACCCGUACCUCCUGACCCCGUUCGGCCGCGAGGUGAGGAAACACUCGUUGCCCACUCCCCAAUGCUCGGGCAUCACCGCGAGUCAAAUCAGACGACUAUCGGAUCGCGGAGACGCUCUACCGGGUCCAAGACAGGCCGAGUUUCUGGCCACCUUGUCGCAGGGCCCCCAAGUAUCACCGGGGGGCCGAAGGCAUUCGGUCGUAACGAUUUCGAAAGUGCCUCCCGCCUUUUUCGGCGGUAAAAAUCGUCGGGAAUCGGUGGCGGCUUACCCCAAUGCGUUUUCAUCCAGGAUUCUACCGAACCGACGGGAAUCGAUCGCGUGUCCCCCCUCCUCCGAAUCCCGCGGCAGCAUUCAUAACCUCCAAUUGGAUAUCAUGGACGAUAUUGUGCAAGCGAGAAAGGUGCGCAUGAAAGUGUGGAACACCAGCAACGAAAAACUGUGCGAGGUGCAACCGAUCGAUGAGGGGCCGAGCGGUAACGCCCAACGGUACUCCAUCAGCAAUACGGGCCGCAGGUUUUCCGAUUUUGUCGGUACCACACUGCCCCCGAUACCGAGCUCCUCGAAGCGUAGAGCCUCCGAGCUGCCACCGCCGCUCCAGAGCACAAGUAAGCAAAAGUCUGGCAUAGUUUGCACUAAUACCGAUCUGAUCUCUAUUUUAUCUUCUCUUUCUACGUCGGCGACGGAAAUCAAUCAGUGGGAGAAGGAGGAAGUACCGAGUCCGUGUCACUCGAAACAACAACAACAACAACGGAUGAGUGCGAACAGGAUCAACCAGAAAUUGAAGAAUAGUAGAUCCAACAGUUUCGACGUUUCCACAUUGCAACCCUCCGAAAUUCCUUCAAAAAUUCUCGAAGCAACUACCGCGUCGAGACCCUAUCAAGCGGCUUCAAACUGGUUCGUCAAGCGUCACGAGCCUAAAAGUCGGUUCCCUCUGGUGGAACCACCGGUAGCAGCGGGAAAAAAGGUCGUACGCAAGGAACCGGGAAAAGUUUUGUGGGACAAGAACCGCGGUUCCAUAGUGAACGUGCAGGCUUUGGGGUCCGCGAUCGAAGGUUUCUUAACGCAGUCGGCACCGGAAUCUCCGAGCAAUAAGGAAAAGAGUGUUCCCAGUAAGGGAACCAAGUUGAGUGACAAGGUAUUAGGGGCCGCCAAUAAGGUUUUAGGGGUGGCGAACAAGGCCAAUAAUUGGUUCAAUAAAACUGAAGAGGAGCCAGUGGCUGACGCGUGCGAUUCCUCUUUAUGUUCGACCCUCAAAGAUUUGUUUGUUAAAUAAUUUUGACACAGAGGAAUCAUCUUUGGUAAUAAAAUGAUGACAUCCCCAGCAACACACGAUGGUUAAAUAGACGUUUAUUAUUGGUUUACAGCAGGUGUAUAUUUUUCCGUUGAGCUUCAACUAUAAAUAUCGAAUAUGUCCGUGUGGUAUAGGUUGAGGAAUUCGAAAAAUAAAAUAGGGUUUUUUGCACGUUUAAUAUCAUAAAAAAUUUUAUAUUAUAAUAAGUAUUUAAUACAAAAAUAGUGUCAUUAGAUCGGAUAUUAUGAAGGAAACAGUGAUUUUGCAGAAAAAUU